AUGAAUUAUCAAAAACGUCCUCCUGACGGUUAUGUCAUUGACAUAAAUCAAGUUAAUAAACAUUGCGAACCAAUAAAUUAUACCACCGCCUUCCUUUACAAAUAUCCGGUACAAAGUUGUUUGGAUUACCUGGACUCAAAACAAUCUGAUUACUUGGUAAAACCUUCUUCUCCAAAAUAUUGUAAUGAAAACGAUCCAAUGAUAUUUCAUGUUUAUUGGAAAGAUCUUCGCUUGCAUAAAAAGAUUUGGCCAUUGAUUCGUUUUUCUGGAAAAAAUUUAUUCUUUAAAAUGUGGAUCACCGAAGAACAAUUAAAUUCUGAUCCAAUUUUUCUUGGCUGGAAAUCUAAAUUAAAUUCGGGUCCAAUUUUUAAUGGCUGGAAAUUAAAUUUAAAUAAAAAUGUCGUGGGAUUUAGUGAUAUAGUCCGUUUCGUAUUACUUCAUCGCUAUGGUGGAAUGUAUUUGGAUGCUGAUGUACUCUGUCUUCGAGAUUUGAGCCCGAUCUAUCAUUUAAACUUUGACUUUGCUUAUC